CAAGCCGAGCAGGAACCCACAUAGCAGGAACAGAGCGAUAUAGCUAGAUUCUCGUUUAAAGUUCCAAUAUAGACGAUUUAGGCUAGGAGAUACAGAUUAGCAAAAUAGCAAUGUUAUGAGCAACUGUCAAGUUAUGUGUAUACUUGAUCAUAAUUGAAUGGUUUUCAGUACGUUUCUAAAUUAAAGGAAAAUACACCACUGCGAAGAUGUCGGUACCCGAAGGAAACAAAAACACGAACACGGAAGCAUGGGGAGGAUUUGAUGACAACCUGAUCCAGGGCAGUGGAUCAGCGGUGAUCGACAUGGAGAACAUGGACGACACCUCGGGCUCCAGCUUCGAGGACAUGGGCGAGAUGCACCAGCGCAUGAAGGAGGAGGAGGAGGUGGCGGAGGAGGCGGAGGCCACUGAAGAGGACACCGGGGAGGACGGGGAGUUCCUGGGCAUGAAGGGCAUCAAGGGGCAGCUGGGACGGCAGGUGGCAGACGAGGUGUGGAGGGCAGGGAAAAGGCAGGCAUCCAAGGCCUUCAACCUCUAUGCCAACAUUGAUAUCCUCAGGCCCUACUUUGAUGUGGAGCCCAUUCAAGUCAGGAACAGGUUGAUGGAGUCAAUGAUUCCUGUCCGAAUGAUCAACUUUCCACAGAAGAUUGCUGGGGAGCUCUACGGGCCGAUGAUGCUGGUGUUCACCCUGGUGGCCAUCCUGCUGCACGGGAUGAAGACGUCUGGAACCGUGAUCAGAGAGGGUACCUUGAUGGGUACGGCGAUAGGGACCUGCUUUGGCUACUGGCUGGGCGUCUCGUCCUUCAUCUACUUCCUGGCCUACCUCUGCAACGCUCAGAUCACUAUGCUGCAGAUGCUGUCUCUUCUGGGUUACGGCCUCUUUGGCCACUGCGUGGUUUUGUUGGUCACCUACAACGUCCACUUCCACUCCCUCUUCUACAUCCUGUGGCUGGUGAUUGGAGGACUCUCCACUCUGCGAAUGGUGACGGCGCUGAUCUCCCGCACCGUGGGGCAGACCCCCCGCCUCAUCCUCUGCGGCACUCUGGCCGCCCUGCACAUGCUCUUCCUGCUGUACCUGCACUUCGCCUACCACAAGAUCGUCGAAGGUAUUCUGGACACCCUGGAAGGACCCAAUGUUCCCCCCAUUCAGAGAGUGGCCAGAGAUUUGCCUGAAGUGGCGAUCAGUCUGGUUAAUGGCACAGUGAAGUCACUUGGCAUUUCCAUGUAGGCACAGUGUUGCGGUGUACAUUCAUCUUUGGGGCUGAAAGCAUGAUUAUGCUGGUCCCAUUUUAAAAGAAUUGGUGAGGGGGGGGGGGGGACAGAAAUGAAGAUUAUGUGUUUGUUCUUGGGCUCCAGAGAGGCUGAACAUCAUUUAUUUCUUUCAUGGAUGGGGAAACGUCUUUGAGUUAACUGUCAUCCAAGUACACAUUGGUGACCCAUAAAUGUUUGUGUCGGCUUGAAGAUAACUCCCCGUCACUUCUCAGUACUCUAUAUUGAGAAAGCACAUGCAAAAACGUUUUAUGUAGGCUAACACAAUGGGUAUAACAUUGGUAACAUUGCCAAUCAACCCCAACAUGCCUUACAAAAGGGAUCAUAACAAAAAAAAGAUUGUUCCUUGACAAAGAUUGCUGGAACAGCUCCCAUAACAGGAGAAUGCUAAUUGUCAGCAAUAUUUUCUAGGCUCAGCAUAAGCAUGCCUCCUUGUUUUGGAAGAUUUGAUGUUUGUUAUGCGUCAACUUUCAUUCCCACUUGAAUCCCAGAGGUUUUCUGAGAACACUAAACACGUUAUAUACCUAAAGAUUGGCGACUGUGUGUGAUGGUCUUUUUGGUUCCUAAAUGCAAGGAAAAGAACAGUUAAGCUCGCUGUAGUCACCUUUGCCGUGUAAGACUGCUGAUAACCAUGGCAUCCAAAGGUUUAGGUGAAGUGUGUAUGUUUCUUUGUCCAUUUCAGACCUGGGUCGAAUAUGUAUUUGUUUUGGAUUCAAAUACUUUUCUGCGCUUUACUGAUCUUGUCUGGUGUAUUGGAACCAAUUAAAUGCUCUCAAAAAGUGCAAACCCCGCCUUCUGGUCAUAAUGGAAGGGUCAGUUACACCAGGCAAGAUCAACAGAGCACAGAAAAGUAUUUGAAUCCAAAACAAAUAAGUAUUUGACCCAGGUCUGGUCCAUUUACUGGAGAUAUUUGAGACGUUGCAAAAAGUAUGUUUUGGAAAAAACACGUAUUUAUUAGAGGUGUUAUGACAAUAAUACAUAGAUGAAGGGCUGGACAUUUGUUGAAAGAAGACUGGGAUUUUCAUGAAAGAACUGGUGGAACCUGAUGAGAUGACACGUGCACCAUGUUAAAAUAUUUCUCUGUUUGAACGGAUGAUUUGCUGUGUAUAACUGUUCUCCUCAGCAAGCGAGAAUUGCCUUUCUUACCCAUCAAGGAAGUAUGUAAUAGUUCAUGUAUCCACCGCAAAUCAAUGUAAGUCUUAGGUUUAUAUUAAGAAAAUUGAAGAUGCUUUUGGAAAGUAUUGAAGGUAUUCGUUUUAUUUCUUUACCUCUGCAUUCUUCUAUUAAGUCUAUAAAAUUGGAUGUCGUAUUCCCAUGGUCAUUUCAGAUGUUCUUGUAGAGUAAGGUUUAGUAAAGUCUUUUUCUCACUAUCUUCAGUUUUCUUUCACGUGUGUACAUAUAGAGGUAUUGUACAGAAAAUAAAGCUAAUGUUUAAAGAA